AUGCAUUGGAAUCAUAUUGUCAGUAAAAUCCAAGAAAUAUCGGCAUUGAUUUCUAUUUUUGGUAAUGUAUCACUUAUCAUUUUGAUUGUCACAAAAUCUCCAAGACAGCUCGGAUCAUAUAAAUAUUUGAUGAUUUAUAUUUCAAUUUUUGAAAUCUUAUUUUCAUUGAUUGAUGUCAUUAUAAAACCUAUUAUCUUUUCACAUGGCUCAACUUUCAUCUGCGUUUCAACAAACUUCGCCCUCCGUAAGGAUAUUGGUAUAUAUUUAUUAUCAAUGUUUGGAGGAUUUUUUGGUAGUUUCAUGGGACUAUUUGCACUCCAAUUUAUGUAUCGAUACCUCGUUGCUUGUGAAUCCAAAACGCUCAAAACUUUUAAUGAUUCAAGAAUUAUUCUUUGGAUGUUUCUCCCACUAAUCUUCGGACUAUUAUAUGGUUUAGUUGUUCUUUUUCUUUUCCCACCUAACGCUACAAUAAAUCAUAAUAUUAAAUCAAAAAUGAAGGAAGAGUAUAACUGGGAUAUUGAUGAAAUCGCAUACAUUGGUCCAAAUCUCUACCAAUUUUCAGAAAAUGGUGAAUUCCAGAUGAAUUUCAAGAGUUUAAUUGGAAUUCUUAUUGUAUGGACACUUGUCACCAUUUCUUUCGUCACAGUUUCAAUUUUCGCAAUAAAAUGUUAUUCAAAAAUGCAUUCACAAAUGGAUGGUUCUAGAACUCUGAAUCAUCUUCAACAUCAAUUAUUCUAUGCAUUGCUAUCACAAACUUUGAUCCCUUUUAUUUUAAUGCAUCUUCCUGUUAGUAUUAUAUUUUUUGCCACACUCUCAAAUUUUGAUCUUGGAAAUUCCAGUUCAAUUGCAGCUAUUUCAAUGGCCAUGUUCCCAGCGUUAGAUCCUCUGCCAGUUAUUCUAAUAAUAAAAAAUAAUCGAAAUGCGGUCGCAGAUAUUGUUACGACUAGUACAUUAACAAUAACCAGAAGAAAACGGAUUGCUAAAAAUAGCUCUUGA